UUUCCCAUCACAGUGUUGGUGGGUUCAUCUGACUCCUCUAUAACAGAGCAGAGUCAGUCAGUGUGGGACAGACCACCUGGAAAACACACACUAGUUCACCUCACGCUGGAUUCCCGUUUGCUGUGGUCUGCUCACUUCAGACAAGAUCAUCUCAGAGAAACUGAGGGACGUAAUGCUGAAGGACGCGUUCACCUGGACCGACCGCAGCACUCAUUGAUUUGUUUGUUUGUGUUUGAUCGCAGCCUGGAAACUUUGAGGAGACUCGCGCUCUGUCUGACAGGACAGAAGAGACGGAGACACAGGCAUCAUUGUCCAGUGAGGAUGAGGAUGUUGUGCUCUAAACGGGUUCUGCAGCAGUGGUUCUUUGCUCUCUUCUUAUUGUGUUCUCCUGUUCCGCACCACGGCAGGCCCGUCGAUGCCCUCAGCAGCCGAAUGAGGCGUUCAGUGACUCACGCUCAGCUGAUGCAUGAUAAGGGCCGGACGCUGCAGGACUUCAAGAGGCGCAUGUGGCUGCAGGAGCUGCUGCAUGAAGUUCACACGGCCGAGAUACGGGACGUCCCGCAGCCCAGAGGAGGCAUGGCCAGCAGCGGAGGGGGCGGCGGCCUCACUGGUGCCGUGCCGAUGGGAGUGGGCGUGUCCAUAGGAACGGAAACCGCCCACCCCAAACCCGCCGGAGGCACCAAGAACCUGCCGAUCACCUUCCGUCUGGAGGACGAGGAGGGAACCAACCUCCCGCAGGAAACCAACAAGUCCCAGACGUACAAGGAGAGCACGCUGAAGGCCAUCGGCAAGAGGAAGAAGAAAGGCCGUGCGGGGAAGAGGAGGGAGGGGGAGAAGGGGGAGAAGAGGAAGAGGAGGGCUCGAUCGCUGCAGGAGCUCGCCAGCGCUUUCCACCCGGAGCGGCGGCCGUUUGCAGGCCAGCACUAAAACACUGUCAGUCUUUGACAACGAUCCGUGAGGACAUUUGAAAUGGACGCCUAAAUGUUCAUGUAAAAGAGAGAGGAAAAUAUUUAUUGUCUGUAAAUAUUCUCAAUGCACCCGAACAGUGACAAAGACAACUAACGAUACUGCUAAAGCAUUAUUACAGCUCCACGGAGCCACACAUUUGGAUCCUUGUGAAUACUUUGCUUUGUUUCUUUUUCGUUUUCCUUUUUAUUCUUUUUUAUUUUUAUUUUUAUUUUUUAGGACUAUGCCUCUAUUACGGUGUCAGAAUUCCUGUAACUUAUUUUGUUUGAAUGGUGUAUUUAUUUUGUAAAGGUAUCAAGGUGCUGCUGACCUUCUAUAUUUUUGUACUAUAAUGCACUUUAGAUAUAUAAAUAUAGAAAUAUAUACAAGUCAUUUUGUUAAUGGACGUAUUUUGUGGUUGAGUUGAAUGAAGAAGACUAUAGUCAUGCUUGUGUUUGCCCACAUUCUGAUUCAUUGUAUGUUCAACAGCUUUGGCAUCCAUGUUUCUGUGAAUCUGUUCCAAUACCUAGUGAGCUGCCUAACUAGACGGCAUCUGAAGGGAGCACAGAUUCAUUCACAAUUCAUCAUUUUGGCCAAAUACGAGAGCAGCUUUGCUUGUGCCCUUCACAGAUAAUACAGUCACAGAAUGCAUUAUGAAAGGCUCGCUGAAAACAAUCAUCAGCAUUCAAAAACAUAUUCAAGGCCUAAAUUUAAGAUUUGAAUUUCAUAUAAAAUUUCCAUAUCACACAGUUACACAUACUCAUGAACUUGUGAUGCAUAUUUGUCAGUCAUUCACAAAUGAAAAUCAUGGCAUCAUUUAUUAUUCAUUUUUGCAUUUAUUUGAUGCCCUUACAGACAUCUGACCAGCUUCAUUUAUGUAUGACUGACAAACAUGUGUCACAUUAAAUAGUUUAAUAAAACUGUAUAAUCUAAAUGGUUUUUAAAUUUUUUUAUUUAGGCCUAUAUAUUUUUUAUUGAAGAUGAUGGAUUAAAAGCAUUGCUUGUUUCAUCCAUGGGAUAAAAAUGGUAAUUAUGAUUUUAAUAUCACGAUUUUAGUCUUGAAACUUUUUUUUUAAGAAUUGCAAGAAAAAAAAGUCUGAAUUGUGAGAUAAAAAGUCACAGUUAUCUUUAUUUUUUAUUGCAUGGCGAAAAAAAAAAACAGAAUUGCAGGAUGUAAACUCAGAAUCAGAUUAAAAAAUCUGGAAAAAAAAUAAAAAUCAGAUUCAGAGAUGUCUGGGUUUAUAUCUUGCAAUUGUCUUUUUUCUCAGAAUUACGAGUUUAUGACUCACAAUUCUGUAUUAAAUCUUGCAAUUAAGAAAAAAGUCCAAAUUGUAAGAUAAAAAGUCACAAUUACUUUUUUUUUUUUAAUCCCGUGGCAGAAACAAGCUUCCACAGAAUUAAGAGAAAUGUCUAUUUAAAUAUAUUUCAUGCAAUAUGCUAUUUAGCACGUCAAACUCAAUUGUCAGUUGAUUCUUCUGUGCACUUCACUGUUUUCGUGGUGCACAGAGUUUCUGUUUAAAUUAGGAUGCUGCUCACUAGGUUUUGGAGCCGAGCUUUUGUAUAUGUGUUUAUUUUGGGUUUCUUUGCUGCUGACCUGGACGAGCCCCACAUCAUCAUCCUCAUCAUCCUCGUAUCAGCCUCGAGGGCCUCCCUUCAAAUCCGCAGAAGCAUCUGUACACGACCAGCACACGUUAUAGAAGAACUCUUGUUGUUUUGCACUGAGAGAGAAAAAAACCCUGUACUGAAUGAAUUAAACAUCUGACCAUUUCCUGCAGUGUGUGGGAUGUUUGAUUGUGUGUGUGUGUGUGUGUGUGUGAGUGAACAAUGAAAGCUCCAGCCGGGCGUUUGGCUCUCUUUCACCCACUUGCGUCUGAUGUUGCUCCCGUGCAGACAGGAAAACCGUUCCACAGGGAAGCAGACUCAAAAAUGUGUGGAAAAAUCUUCUGGAAAUCAGGCCGUAAUGAAUGGACGGCGUUUGAACUGUAGUCCAUCCGCUCGCCCAUUGAUUUUCAGAGUUGUGUGGAAAUACAAAUCGCUGAUUAAGGCCAAAAGCACUUUGUGCGAGCACGCGAACACUUGGCGGUUGGCUUAAAUGCACUUAAUGUGUGUUCUUGAGCUGCUGCGGCGGCAGCAAACCUCAGUCCUCAAGGGGGCGAUAGAGUUUCCUGCAAAUGUUCGUACCCUCAAACCAGAUAUGUGUUAUUUUUCAGGUAGCUCCUAUAAACAUGUCAACAGCUUCACUUUAACUUACUUGCUCAGCAAGAUUGUCUUCAGACUGUUGCUCUGAUGUGACAGUAGCUGAUCUGAAAGAAAACUGACAGCAGAAGUCACUUUAAUGCAUGCCAUAUCUCAUAUAUACUAUUGAGAAUUCAGUGCA